AUGCUUGCUGGCACCGCUUUGAGCUGGCCGCGCGGCUUUCGGCUGCCGCCGCUCGCUCGUCUCGCCUCGACAGUCGCGCGACCCCCCUCUCUCGCCGCGCUCAACACGCAGGAUGACAUGAAGCUCGCGAGGGUGUGGAUCAGCGCAUUCGAAAAGAUGUCUGCAGAGGACUGGCCAAAGAACUUGACCGACAUCUCGUUCACUCGUUCUUCAGGCCCUGGAGGGCAGCACGUCAACCGAACGUUCUCGAAGGCUGUCGUUCGACUCCCUCUUCCCUCGCCAACACUCCUUCCGCCAUACGUAGUCGCCCAUCUGCGCCGCUCGCCUCACUACUCGAAUUCGCCUCCCUCUCUCCUGGUCUCCUCGUCGACCCACCGAACCCAGCAGACCAACCUAGCCGACUGCAUGUCGAAACUCAAGGCGACCAUCCUCGACGCAGCGAGACGGGACCUCGUCGGCGAGACGAGCGAAGCGCAGAAGGAAAAGGUCAAGGAGCUUGUCGAUCGCGAGAAGCUGAGGACGGCGAAGUCGAAGAAGAUGCGCAAGGAAACGAAGAGCGGGAGGGGCAAGGUCCGAGGUUGGGAUUGA